AUGUCUGGCGGAGACGGUAUCCCAACUUUUAAGCUUGUCCUUGUCGGAGACGGAGGGACUGGUAAGACUACUUUCGUCAAGCGUCACUUGACCGGAGAGUUCGAGAAGAAGUAUGUCGGUAAGUUGAAACGGCCUUUUUCGAGUCAAAACAUUUUCCGCCCUUUCCAGCCACUCUCGGAGUCGAAGUUCAUCCACUCGUUUUUCACACUAACCGUGGACAGAUCCGGUUCAACGUGUGGGAUACCGCUGGACAAGAAAAGUUCGGUGGUCUUCGUGACGGAUACUACAUCCAAGGUGAGAGCAGCACAAAUGUUGAGAAAUGCUAAUUAAGCUUAAUUGUUCCAGGCCAGUGCGCCAUCAUCAUGUUCGACGUGACUGCUCGCGUCACCUACAAGAACGUUCCGAACUGGCAUCGUGACUUGGCCAGAGUAUGCGAAAACAUCCCGAUUGUCUUGUGCGGAAAUAAGGUAACCUGUCUUCCUCUCUGUUGGCAUUUUCAAUAUUGGUUUUCAGGUCGACGUCAAGGACCGCAAAGUGAAGGCCAAGACCAUCACCUUCCAUCGCAAGAAGAACCUCCAAUACUACGACAUCUCCGCCAAGUCGAACUACAACUUCGAAAAGCCAUUCCUCUGGCUUGCCAGAAAGCUGCUCGGAGACCCGAACCUCGAGUUCGUCGCUAUGCCAGCCUUGGCUCCACCAGAGGUAACAACAAAAAUCUCGAUUAUUCAGCUAAGAGCUGUUCGAUUUCAGGUGCAAAUGGACCCAGCUAUGAUUGCCGAGUACGAGAAGGAUCUGGACAAUGCUGCCAAGGCCGACCUUCCGGAUGACGACGAUGAUCUUUAA